CACAUAUUUUUAUUAUCUGUUUCCUGCUAAUGUCACGCUAAUCGCUAGGUAUUUUGCAUGGAUUUGGAACUGUGGGGAAUACCAAGUGAAUUAAUGGUGAUCGAUGGCAAAUUGACCGCUUCCGUGCUAGCAGCAUUGACGGGUCGUACAUUCCCGUAACUCCUGGUGACUCAUCGAGGCCCUAUACACACUUGUCACCAUGGACACCGACGAUGGUGAAUCUUCGAGCAGUGGACCUAUGUCCAGCUUGAACAGCUUGUUUUCAUUUACAAGCCCUGCCGUAAAGAAGCUAUUAGGCUGGAAACAGGGUGACGAGGAAGAGAAAUGGGCAGAGAAGGCAGUGGACAGCCUGGUGAAGAAGCUGAAGAAGCGGAAGGGUGCCAUUGAAGAACUGGAGCGCGCGCUGUCCUGCCCUGGCACGCCUUCCAAGUGCGUCACCAUACCGCGCUCACUGGACGGACGAUUACAGGUAUCGCACCGCAAAGGUUUGCCCCACGUUAUCUACUGCCGAGUAUGGCGAUGGCCAGACCUACAAAGCCAUCACGAGCUAAAACCGCUCGAAAUAUGCCAAUAUCCCUUCAGCGCGAAACAGAAAGAGGUAUGCAUCAACCCUUACCACUACAAACGGGUCGAAAGUCCUGUCCUGCCCCCAGUUUUAGUGCCAAGACAUUCGGAGUUCGCGCCAGGACAUUCGCUACUACCCUUUCAAAGGACUACAGAACCAGCGAUGCCCCACAAUGUAUCUUACUCUGGAUCAGGGUUCCCACCUUCAGCAUCAUCAGAACUGCCCGAUACUCCACCCCCCGCGUAUUCGCCACCAUCAGAUGACUCCGAACCUCCAGGAGAAGUUGCCCCGGUUUCCUACCAAGAGCCUUUAUACUGGGCAUCGGUAGCGUAUUAUGAACUUAACUGCCGGGUUGGAGAAGUGUUCCAUUGUAACAGCCAUUCAGUAGUAGUCGACGGCUUUACUGAUCCUUCGAAUAAUAGUGACAGAUUUUGCUUGGGACAACUAAGUAAUGUAAACAGAAAUUCAACCAUAGAAAACACAAGACGUCACAUAGGCAAAGGAGUACAUUUGUACUACGUCGGAGGGGAAGUGUACGCCGAGUGUUUGUCCGACGCAGCGAUAUUCGUUCAGAGUCGCAACUGCAACCACCACCAUGGAUUUCAUCCGUCGACUGUGUGUAAAAUUCCUCCAGGGUGUUCGUUGAAGAUUUUUAAUAACAGGGAGUUUGCACAGCUUUUAUCCCAAAGCGUCAAUCACGGUUUCGAAGCUGUUUAUGAGUUGACGAAGAUGUGUACGAUUCGCAUGUCGUUCGUCAAGGGCUGGGGGGCGGAAUACCAUAGACAAGACGUCACCUCGACGCCAUGUUGGAUAGAGAUCCACCUCCACGGGCCGCUGCAGUGGCUGGACAAAGUGCUGACUCAAAUGGGUUCCCCCCAUAACGCUAUAUCGUCGGUCUCUUAGCCGUGUUAGCUCCCCCCCUCCCCACCGGUUUUCGUAUUUUAUUUCGGUUUAAAUCUCACAAAAUUGUAUGCAUUUUUAUUUUUGGUUAGUAAGCUUCCAUUUGUGGUGAUUUCAAACUUUUUUUAUUUCACAAUGAAAUUUCAAACUCGAUAAUUUUUAUAUUAUCAUCCAUUAUUGCCGUACGUACACACAUUCUUCGUUUAUAAAGCCAGUCGUUGAGCUGGUAUACAAAUACAUAAUUUUUAGUAAUAUCAGUUUGAAAUCCAAUCACAAAUAAUUAUUUUCAAAUUUUUAAUUACUAUACAAUUACAUUACCAUUCUUAUGGUAUAUUUUUUUUAACUCAUAUAUGUUGUACACUAUGUUGCCAUGUAACAAUUUUAUAUUUUCUCUAGUGAAUAGGUUUAUGUGUUAAGGUGAAUACUCACUGGUGCUACAUUGAACAAUUUACUGACAGUUAUUUGAGUAGUAUACCUAGGUAGUCCUAUGUCAUAAUUAUUUUAAAAUAUUUGAAUUUGGUUUUUAAUGAUAUACAACACUCUCUAUUUCACAGUUAUGUUGCAUUUCUCAUUGUAUAGAUUGUCAGUCAACAAAUAUCUAUACAAAUAUCUUCUUUAUAUUAUUUAAAGAUAGUUUUCCUGACUGACUGACUGAUCUAUCAAUCACAAAUAAAGGAUUUUAUUUUUACCCCUGGUAAUUUUGCUAUGUAAUGCAAUGUUGUUUUGCAAUAAUAACCAUGAAAAUUAGUAGGUAUUUGGGCUAUCGGUAAAUCGGAACUACGUAUUUCACGAUUUUCGGAAAUGCCAUUCUCAAUUUCCGUCAUUUUUGAAGUUAUAAACAUGAAAAUUGGUAUUUGGGUUAUAAGACGUAACAUACAGAUAUUUCAGAAUAUUUGGAAGUCUACCCGAGCGAAAGGGUCAGCUAGUAUUAUAUAAAAAAAGUGUAUCCAAAGCAAAAAAAUCAAACACAAUUUUACAACUUCUUUUUCAAAAUAGUUUCUUGUAAAGAUUCACCUUGACACGCCUGAAAUAAUUGUAUAAAAUUGUAGCUCAAAUUAAUGUGUCCAAGAUGAAAGGAAAUGGUAAGACAUAGGUAUUUUUAAGUAUACUUGUAUUUUAAUAAUAUAAAGACAUACAUAAAAUGAAUGAAUAUUUGAAUAUUAAAUAUUAUACUCGUGAAUGAUCAUUACAAUGACAAGUUAAAGAUAUUAUUGGUGUAAGUAGAUUUUGAUUAAAAUCAUGGUGUCGCUUCAGAUUUUAUUAUUCUAUGAAUCCAAGAAAUAAGCUAAUAAAAAUGGUAGGUAUUGGCUGUACAUUUUUUUUUUAUUAAAAUGAAUUUUUGGAAGAAUUUUUGAACCAUGAAGCGAAAAAGUAGAUACAUAUAUUUUUCGCGUAUUAUUUAAUGUAAUUUUUUUGAAGAAAUUUUUUUGUGUCUCAUAAUGUAGUAUGGAAAAGAGUUUGAUGGCAAGUGUUUUUUCAUUUUUAAAAAACUACAAUUUUUUCAAAAACUCAUUUUGUUUAGUUCUGGGUUCUUAGAAUUUUACUGUCAUAGAUUUGUUGCUAGUUUUGGAUACGGUAUGUCAAGGUAUUGUAAUUAUACGAAUAUUGAUAAAUAUUAUAAAGCUUUCUAGAUAUGAAAAAUGCAAUUUUUAUUAUUUUGACUAACAUUUUUUAUUGUUACAUAUUAGGUUAUGUGGUCCCAUUAUAUUAUGUACUAUUAAAUUGUACUAAAUUCUGGCUAAGAAAGCUGAGCCUAGCAAAUUAUUAAAAAAAUAUUAGGAGGGUAUUGACUAUAAUAGGAAAGAAUAGAUUUGGUAGUGUUAAUUGAAUAUAAUUUUUUAGUCUUUAUUAUGAGCUGUUAAUAAUUCUGACUCCUGAAUGAGAAACCAAGCUUAUUAUUAUAUAGUUUAAAAUCAAAUAAUGUGUCAUUUAAAUUCAAUGAAAACUAAACUGUUUAUGAGGUUGUCCUAUAUUAUACUGUCCAGAAAAUUUAAAAAAAAUUUGUGUACGUAGUUUGAUGUAGUAUCUACGUUAUACAGAAAAUGUACAUUUGAAAGUUCAAGUUUGUAGUGAUUUGUGCUGUAAAUUUCGUUGUGACAUAAAUGUAUUUCAAAAUUGUUGGAAAUAAGUUAUACAUUCUGAUACUAAUCUUUGAAUGCUGUCAUUGAAUAUUUAAAAUCAUUUAAAUCUUUAUGUACCAAAAUAUUAAUUUUGCCAAUCAGUGUAAAUAAAAAUAUUUUUAUCAUUGGGGCCACAAAACAUUAGUUUUAUUUUAUGAUAAGGAAUAUUAUGUUAAAAUAAUUAUUAAUAUUGAUAGUAAUGAAUCGAUAUGUAAUAUUUAGUAAAACUAAGGAAAAAUAAGCAUGUUGAAUUGAGUUAUUUCAUUUUAAUUACGUAUAGUCAAGACCAAAUGUGUAAAAAAAAUACUGAGAGGUUUUCUUUUAAUUAAAUAAGACAGGCUUAGGAAUGUGCCAUCGAGAAAAUGUAUUUGUGCAAAUUGUGAUGGAAAAAGUGUCUAUUCUAUUGUGGAUUGUAAUUACUUUUUAUGUAAUUUUUUAGUAGUUAUAGCUUUUUAACUGUACAUUUUUGUUACUUACUUGUAUAAAUGUUUUAAUGGGACAAAAUUUAAAAAUAAUGGGUUGAUA